AUGACAUCUGAAGCAGAAGAGAACUCAGAUUUGAGGUCAACGUCGGACUUGGAGAGUGAAUCCACAAUACAUGAGCCAAUUCCAUUUGAAAAGGUUGUGGAAAGCUUAAACAAUGGUGCAAAGGAUGCAGUUGCGGAAAAGGACUACUUGUCAUACAGCACAUUGCUAGAUAUUCAAUUACACGACCCAUCUCGCUACACCUACGAUGAAAGAGAACAGCUCAUGUCUUGUCUCUUGGAAAUUUUGCUGCUGAGUGAUACUUUGGUUUAUGAAAUUGGUUGGGAUAUCCCUAGUAUCAUCAUCCCCUAUAUUGAAUCUGACUUUGAAUUCAACUCAGGUAUAAGAGAUGCACCGUGUGUUUACAAGAUCUUAAAAAUAUUUGAGAUUCUAGCAAAAGAAGGUAACCCAAAAGAGUUGUUUUUGAAGAGCUCUGAAUUGUUGGCAUCGUUGAGUUUGAGUGAUGACCCAAAUAUGGAGUUUAGCAAUAAGGAAAACUUUUUCGAAAUCAAGUUGUACAAUCUCAAUGAAUUGAUGGCAAAUUGUUUGAGAAAGAUACCAACUUUGUACCCAUCGAGAUUGUUGGCAAUGAGUGUGGGGUCGUAUAUCAAUUUGAUGUACAGUUUGCUACAAACUCCAAUCGCCAACCAAACUUAUCAAUUUGUAUUGAAGAGGGCGUAUGGCUUUGCUAGAAAUUACGACGGUGCUCCAAAGCCGGAUAACGUGAAACAUACAGAUACCGAGCUCGCCAAAAUCAAGAAGGAUGAGGAUUAUUUGAUUAGGAAGCUCUUGACUGGUUUUAUCACCAAUAUGGUGUAUAUGGGCACUACGUCCUACAUUUCGUAUUUUGCAAUGCGCCAUUUCUACCAUUUGGAAAGAGAUGCAGGGAAGAUUCUCGAUGACCAGACUGCUCCGGAUACUGCCAUUUUGGACAGAUUUUACGAGUUGUCGUACCUGUUUGAUAUUUAUUUGAAGACUAUAUUUGACAAGUUUGUUGACGACUCCAAGAAGCUUGUGUGGGGAAUCUCCCACAGUGGUGAUGAUUUUGCUGAUGUGUUGUUUGAAAAAUGUGUUGUUGAUUACCAGACUAAUUUGUUGACAAAUAUUGUGGAUAGUGACGCCAAGUCUAUCAAUGACUCUGUACUUGGAGAAAUCAUAUUAUUCACACAGUCCAUUGUUGUUAAGCGUUCUUUUGACAGCCCCUUGAUCACAUUAAGCGAUGCCAUUUGCAUUGCAUUACGAUUACUCAUUCCGCAAAUGGUGCAAAAGACAUUUGUCCAUCGAACAUUGCAGGAUGUGGCCUUGUUUUGGAUAUGGUAUGCGUUACAACAAAAUGAAAUCAAAAGUGACCCAAACUACGAUGCCAAGAUUGAUUUGACAUCGAUUCCUCAACAGUAUUUGCCAGUUUUUUACCAAUGCUUGAUUUUUGUUUUCCAUUCGUUUGAGUCGCUGAGAGUACGGUACAUGAUGUUGACAUUGUUGACAAAAUUGUUGAUUUUGACUCCGGAAUCAGUGGGGUACGAUGUGAUUAAGGACACUAUUGAAAAUUGUCCAUUUGAAGUGAUACGACCUGCAUUGAUUGGAAUUUAUAAGCAUCUUUUGUUGACUCUGAAAACCAAUGUCAAUGACGUUGAACUGGAUUUGAGAAAGGUGUCUCUCAAGGAGAAUAGUGGUGCUGGGGUAAAGGCACCUGAAUUGCCACCUCGAAGGAUAAAUACCACCACGUAUUACGCCUUGACCGAUGAAAAGUUUAAUGAUAUUCUUGAAUGGGCUAUAUUGGCUCAGUCGGAAGCGUUUAUUGAGAGUGAUGGAGACAUUAGAAUGGACCCGGGUAAACUUUCAGCGUUGGCGUCAAUCUUGAAUUUACUUGUGGCGUUGAAGAAGAAGGAUGUUGUUGUCGCGAAUACUGACAAAGUGGAGAAAGUCUUGAAGAGUCUCGAGAGGAACAUUGAGUCCAUUAAUAAAAAUGGCCUGAACCAGCUUGAAAAGAACGCCGCUGGAAUGUUGAAGCUUACAAUAGAUAGAAUUAGAGAGUAA